CUCACCACGGUCACCGGCUGUGACGUCAUCCCGGUAGGGAUCGAUGCGGCCGGCGGACUUUGGAGGGCGAGUGGACGGGUGUCUCUCCUCCCCCUGGAGGUGGGACGGAGCUGGUGAGUCAUCACGCGCUGGGGGGGGGGUUUCCUCCGGUAGCUCCGAUCUGUCCCUCGUCCUUCCUCCAGCGCUUGGAUCGGUGCCUCUGGGAGCCAUGACUCCGCCAUCGGCGCUGCGAGGCCUCCUGUGUCUGCUCGGCCUCUCCGGGAUCCGAGCGGGACUCGAACGCGAGAACUGCAAGAACUACAACCUCCAGUUCGAGAGGGUCUUCUCGGUCCCCGGGGACGCGGCCAUGCUGAGCAGCACCUUGGUGUCUCCAGAGGUCUUCAACUUCACCAGCGUCCCUUACAACAUCAGCUGGUACGACCUGGGGGGCCGAGAGAUGAGCGACCAGAGCGGCAGCUUCCUGGUGAGCGGGGGGACGCUGUGGUUCCUGGACCUGACGAUGGAGGACUCUGGGGAGUAUGUGAGCAUAGUGAGAACCCCGUCCGAGUGCUUCAGCCAGGCCACCAAGCUGGUGGUGGAGGCGCCGGUACCUGGGGAGUGCGGCCGGCCGAGAAAAGCCGUCCAACCGCUGACCAACAGGGUGACGGACAUCCUGAACUGCCCCCUGAAGGACUACAUUGGCAAGCUGGACAGCUACAACGUGUCCUCCAGCGUCGCGUGGUACCGGGGCUGCGAGCGCAUCGUGGACGGGACAGGCCGGUACACCUACCUGGACACGGCCAGACUGAAGAUCGACCAGGUGGAGCGCAACAACAACUCGUCCUACACCUGCACGCUGAGCUUCACCCUCGGCGGGGCGGAGCGGUCCGUGUCGGAGAGCAUCACGGCGCUGGUCUCAGAAAACUACUUUUUGGUUCCAGAAGUCCACGAACCCGCCAAUGAGAUCAUCAGGGCGCCGUUCGGUGAGUCUAUUCAUAACCCCGCGCGCGGGGACGUGGUAAUGUGCGUGUUAAUACUCAUGGGGUUUGUGGUCCGGCUCCAAAUUUUCGCAAGCGGCGGCGGGGUGUUUGUGCCCGCCGUCCGGGAAACCCCACGGCGGCAUAAUUUUGGCGGGAAAGAGACUUUACAUUUUAUCCUCAAAACGCCGGUCGACCGGAUCUACACCUCCCAGCUACGGAUGUGGAAGCAGGACGCGCCCAUCGCCGGCGUGUGGUUGGAGCGGGUGCUGAUGAUCCCCGAGCUGCGGGAGGAGGAUUUCAACAUCAACUACACCUGCUUGGCACAAAGCUCGAGGGGCAUUCCCACGGGCUACUUCACCCUGCUGCCAGCAGAUCCCAACAGCAUGGUCCCCAUCGGCGCGGCGCUGGGCGGAGGGAUGGUGCUGUUCGUCGUCGGCGUCGUCGCCUACUACGUUUUUAAGCUGGACGUGGUGCUGUGGUUCAGGAGAACGUUUCCGGUGCUCUACGCAAACACAGAUUGCGACGGGAAGUCGUACGACGCCUACGUGGCGUAUCCUCGGCCCCGCGCGUCGCUUCAGCGGAAGGAGGAGGCCUUUGCCCUCCGCACGCUGCCCAAUGCUGGAGAGGACUGCGGGUACAAAUUCUUUAUUGUUCGUCGGGAUUGCGUGCCCGGGACCGCCGUGGUGGACUCCGUGGAGGAGAACAUACAAGCCAGUCGCCGCCUCCUGCUGAUCUACACCGCCGCCACGUUCGUCGGCAAGAGACACGCCGGCAGCGGCAACAACAACGAGGUGCGUCCGGGCGGCGGGGAGGACGGCCACCCGGACGGCAGGCAGCAGCUGGAGUGUGUGACGGCGAUGCACCGGGCGCUGCUGGAGAGGUCGCUCAAGGUGAUUCUGGUGGAACUGGAGCCGAUCUCCCCGGCUCAGCUGGCGCUCUUCCCCGAGUCGGUGCGUCACCUGAGGAAGAAGCAGGGCGCCGUUCGCUGGUGGAAGAACCGGAGCGGCGGGACGAGCGAGGACGGGGAGACGGGAGGCGGCGGCGGCGCCGCGUCCCUGUCCCCCUCCUCCCGCUUCUGGAAGGAGAUGAGGUAUCGCAUGCCGGUGAGGGGCAAGAGGGGGGCGUACCCUGAAAAAACAGCCCUGCUGAGCUUGUGAUGGGCGUCUUUCAGCUUGGUUCCCCCACAGACCCCCACGGCGAAGGACAGACCUCCACCGCCGGGGACGAGCACACGGUUUGGUCUCCACGGAGGGUUUUCCCACCGCCGCUAAAAGGCCGCGCUCAAUCCCUUUUCAUUUUAUCCAGUCGCUUAAUUUUAGGGCGUGGGCUCUUUGAGUGACAGGUGGGCGUCGUCUCCUCAGCUCGCUGCUGGAGAAGGUGGACGGAGACGGCUGGAGGCACUUAGAGCCUCCAUGGGGGACGCCUUUGAAAAGGUUCUCUACAAGUAGCACAUCUCUGGUGGUAAGUGCAGCACGUCAGAGGACAGGAGGUCACGUGUGACCGUCGGGUCACGUGUGACCGCUGACACGGGGGAGACUGAAGGACUCAGGAGUGACUGUAACAUGUACAUAUGUGUCACAUAAAGAAAGUCCCUUCAUGCUGAACAGUAAGAUAUUAAAUCAAUGCAGUUCAUUCAUGUUUUUGAGCGACAGAUAAUAAAAUGUGAAGUCAGAGGAGCAA